GCUAAUAGUAUUUUUAUUUUCUUUCACGUAAGAAAAAUUUUCUUGGUUGGGAUAUGGACUCGUCUGAGAAAGAGGGAAGUGGGGCAACGGGCUCUCUUCCCCCUCCCCCGCCUCUGCCCCCCAAUGUGGUACCAAUCAAAGCAGAAUCUGAGCCUGCAAAGGAGGUUUCACGUGUCCCAAUGGCCGGGAAAGCUUCGCAGUUGGGGACUUUCCUGAAGUUUGAUGAGGCUCCUGAGACAUCCUCAAGCCGUAGUGGGGCGACUGCUCCUGAGACAUCCUCAAGCCGUGGUGGGGUGACUGCUCCUGGAGCCACACCUGUUCGGCAGCUGCCGUGGUUGAACAGGACUGUCGCCGAUUCUAUGUUCUUCUGCUGAGACCUUCGGACCAUGCUUUCUAUAGGC